AUGGUUCCUCCGACAGGACCACUCAACCUCGGCGUGGAGGAGAUAUCUGGAAUUUGCGGGUCCAUAUCCAUUGCCUGUUGGGUAGUCGUCUUCUCUCCACAGAUUAUCGAGAAUUUCCGUCGCGGAAGUGCCGAUGGGCUUUCGCUUCAGUUCAUCAUUGUCUGGCUGGCAGGUGAUGUCUUCAAUAUACUGGGAGCUGUCUUGCAAGGAGUGCUGCCGACAAUGAUCAUCCUCGCCAUCUACUAUACGAUUGCCGAUAUUGUGCUCCUCGGCCAGUGCUUCUACUACCGCGGGUUCACAUGGAGAGACGACGUGGUGCCGCCAAAGGCCAAGACGCGGAAGACCAAGACGAAGCGCGCAGUUGGAACAACAGCUGCCGGGACAGUCAACGAAAGCAUCUUGUCCGAACGGUCAGCCUUGUUAUCCCAGGAUGAAAGCCACCGCAAUCAUCACCAUUCACAAGGGCAUGAUCACCACGAGCGCCGCCGUUCCAGCUGGUCGGCCCUCUCGCCCGCCGUCCCUUUUGUGUCCGAACUUGGCUCGUCCGAACACCACACCUCUGCCUCUGUGCCUUCUGCCUCUGCAUCUCCGGCCAGCGCCCGUUCGUCUGCCUCUCGCCUCCAGGCCACCGCCCUCAACUUUCUGGCUAUACUCAUGGUCUGCGCCGCCGGUGUGGCUGGCUGGUACUUGAGCGGUGGUGCCCAGGAGAAGAAGAGCCAGCCGCCACCAUCGGGCGAGGACGGCAGCGGCGACGAUCCGCUCGUGUUCAGCGUCUGGGGCCAAAUCUUUGGCUACUUCUGCGCGGUGCUGUACCUGGGCUCGCGGCUGCCACAGUUGCUGCUGAACUGGCGGCGACAAUCGACAGAGGGCGUGAGCAUGCUGUUUUUCUUGUUCGCAUGCCUCGGCAAUCUGACGUAUGUGCUGUCUAUCUUCGCGCACGAGGAGCACAGAAACUACCCACCCGGAGAGGCGCGGCGCCGAUACGGGCGCUACCUGCUUGUCAACCUGUCGUGGCUGGCUGGCAGUCUGGGCACGCUGCUGCUGGACAUGGGAAUCUUUAUCCAGUUUUUCAUGUACCAGCGGAUAGAGGAUGACGGCAGCGAGGAUGACGGAGACGACGCAACAGAGGUUGCCACCUCCUACAGCGAUGAUGAAGACGACGACGAGACAUUUGAGCCCAUCCUUCAGCGAAACACAUCCUAUUAUGGUUGA